GGAAGGGGAACAGCCAACUGAGAUCAUGCCAGGCAAGAGCACCAAAACCUCUACAGCAGCCCAUCGGAGAGGCACAGAGCCCUCAGAGGAGGCCACCAGUGACAUGGAAGUGGAAAAGGAUGGUGCCAGGCAGCUUGGUGAAGCACCUCCAGCAGCAGACUCGGAUGAGGUGCUUGAUAAUCGAAGUUUAGAGGAGAUUUUGGGUAGCAUCUCUCCUCCCCCCCCUCCAGCAAUGACCAAUGAACCUGGUGCUCCUCGGCUCAUGAUAACUCAUAUUGUAAACCAAAACUUCAAAUCCUAUGCAGGGGAGAGAACUUUGGGACCUUUUCAUAAGCGUUUUUCAUGUAUUAUUGGGCCAAAUGGCAGUGGGAAAUCCAAUGUCAUUGAUUCCAUGCUUUUUGUGUUUGGGUAUCGAGCACAAAAAAUCAGAUCCAAAAAACUCUCAGUGCUGAUCCAUUAUUCUGACGAGCACACAGACAUCCAGAGCUGCACUGUGGAAGUCCACUUCCAAAAGAUCAUUGACAAGGAAGGAGAUGAUUACGAAGUCAUUCCUAACAGCAACUUUUAUGUAUCUAGAACUGCUUAUAGAGAUAAUUCUUCUGUCUACCACAUCAAUGGAAAGAAAUCAACCUUCAAAGAUGUUGGUAUUCUUCUUCGAAGCCAUGGAAUUGAUCUGGACCAUAACAGGUUCUUAAUUUUACAGGGGGAAGUUGAGCAGAUUUCAAUGAUGAAGCCAAAAGGCCAGACUGAACAUGAUGAAGGCAUGCUGGAAUAUUUGGAAGAUUUAAUAGGAUCUGCAAGGCUCAAAGAUCCUAUCAAAACUCUGUGUCGCAGAGUAGAGGUUUUAAAUGAGCAGAGAGGAGAGAAGCUAAACAGAGUUAAAUUGGUGGAAAAAGAAAAGGAUGCCUUGGAAGCAGACAAGAAUAAAGCCAUUGAAUUUCUUAGCCUGGAAAACAAAAUGUUUAAAGAGAAGAAUCGGAUCUGUCAGUACUAUGUCUAUGACCUGAAGAAACGAAUCAAUAAAAUGGAAAUGCAGAAAGAAGAAGUUAACAAAGAAACAAAAGACAUUAAUGAGAAGAGCAGUCAGCUUGCAGAUCAGAUGAGAACCAAGAAUAAAGCUUUGAAAGAACUUGAAAAGAAACUCAACAAAAUUACAGCAUUCAUAGAGGAAAACAAAGAAAAAUUUACUCAGUUGGAUUUGGAGGAUGUGAAAGUAAGGGAAAAGCUAAAACAUGCCAAAAGUAAGGCUAAAAAACUGGAGAAGCAACUUCAAAAGGACAAAGAAAAGGUAGAAGAAUUUAAAAAUGUCCCUUCCAAUAGUGAAAAAGCAAUCAGUGAAGCAAGGGCUAAGAAAGAGCUGCUUGAAAAGGCAAAGGAGAAGGAAGAACUAAAACUCAAGCAGGUUAUGGACAGCCUUAAGGAAGAGACACGAGGACUUCAGAAAGAAAAAGAGAGCAAAGAGAAAGAGCUGCUGGAGUUCAGUAAAGAGGUGAACGAGGCUCGUUCCAAGAUGGAUGUGGCUCAGUCAGAGCUGGAGCUCUACCUCAGCCACCACAACGCUGCUGUGGCUCAGCUAAAUCGUGCCAAGGAGGCUCUGACAUCCACUUCAGAAACCCUUAAGGAAAGAAAAGCUGCUAUCAAAGAUAUAGAUGUAAAAUUACCCCGAGCUGAACAGGAAUUGAAGGAGAAAGAGAAGAGGCUGGAGGAGCUGGGAAGGCAAGAAUCAGGAGUGAAAAGUCUUGUUCGAGAUCUACGUCAAAAAGUAGAAGAAGCCAAAAGUUCCUUAGCACAAAGUCGCAGUCAAGGAAAAGUGCUGGAGGCUCUGCUUCAGCAGAAGAAAGCUGGAAAUAUUCCUGGAAUAUAUGGAAGAUUGGGAGACUUGGGAGCCAUCAGUGAGAAGUAUGAUGUGGCCAUUUCAUCCUGUUGUGGUGCCUUGGACAACAUUGUUGUGGACACCAUUGACACUGCCCAGCAAUGUGUGAACUUCCUAAAGGCCACAGGAAUUGGAGCUGCCACAUUUAUAGGCCUGGACAAAAUGACUCAGUGGGAAAAAAACAUCCAAAAGAUCCCAACUCCUGCAAACACUCCCAGGCUGUUUGACCUGGUGCAGGUCAAUGACCCCAACGUCCGCCUGGCUUUCUACUUCGCCUUACGGGACACCCUGGUGGUCAACAACUUGGAAGAAGCCACCAGGAUAGCAUUCCAAGAAGACAAAAGAUGGAGGGUGGUCACCCUGGAAGGACAAGUCAUUGAGCAGUCAGGAACGAUGACUGGUGGUGGGGGGAAAGUAAUGAAGGGCAGAAUGGGCUCCUCAGUCAGGAUGGAUGUUUCAGAAGAAGAGGUCAGUGAAAUGGAAUCUCAGCUACAGAAGGACUGCAAAAGAGCAGCACAGUAUGAGGAGGAGAUGUCACAGCUUGAAGAAGCUAUAACAAAACUGCACCAAGAUAUUAGAGAAAUGAGAAAUACCUCAGAGAAGUACACAGCGAGUAUCCAGGGGUUAGCUGAACAAGAAAUGAAUCUAAAGAGUCAAGUUAAGGAACUUGAAGCAAAUGUAAUUGCUGCUGCUCCAGAUGAAAUCAAACAGAAGGAAUUGGAAAACGUCCUUAAUAGUUACAAAAAAGAUUACAGUGGCAUUGCAGAGAAAGCUGGUAAGAUAGAAAAGGAAGUGAAACGGUUACACGACCUCAUACUUGAGAUCAAUAAUAAAAAACUUAAAGCACAGCAAGACAAACUUGAUAAGAUCAACAAAGAAAUGGAUGAAUGUGCUUCAGCCAUAACAAAAGCCCAGGUGGCAGCCAAGACUGCAGACAGAAACCUGAAAAAAUCUGAAGACUCACUUCUUCGGACAGAGAAGGAAAUUAAGGAGAAUGAGAAGGAAAUUAAAGACUUAACACAAGAACUGACUACACUGGAAGACAAAGCUACUGAGGUUAUAAACAACUGCAAGCAAGCUGAAGAAACGUUGCCAGAAGUUCAGGAGGAGCAUCGUGGUUUACUCCAAGAGAUUCAAACUAUUCAGGAUGAUGAACAUGCACUUCAAAAGGAAGCUCUUAAUAUUAAGCUGAAAAUUGAACAAAUUGAUAGUCACAUCUCUGCACACCAGUCAAAGAUUAAAUACUGGCAGAAAGAGGUAUCAAAAAUCACCCUGCACCCCAUAGAUGAUAAACCAGCUGAAGAAUUUCCAGUACUGAGUGAGGAAGAGCUUGAAGCCAUCAAGGAUCCCAAUGUUAUCACUAACCAGAUUGCUCUCCUGGAAGCCCAGUGUCACGAGAUGAAACCCAACCUGGGCUCCAUUGCAGAAUACAAGAAGAAGGAAGAGCUAUACUUGAAACGUGUGACUGAACUGGAUGAAAUUACCACUGAGAGAGACAACUUCAGAAGAGCUUUUGAAGAUCUUAGGAAACAAAGGCUAAAUGAAUUUAUGGCAGGAUUCAAUGUAAUAACAAAUAAACUGAAGGAAAACUACCAGAUGCUGACCUUGGGAGGGGAUGCUGAACUAGAACUCGUGGACAGUCUGGAUCCCUUCUCUGAAGGAAUCGUGUUUAGUGUUCGGCCCCCAAAGAAAAGCUGGAAGAAGAUCUUUAACUUGUCAGGAGGAGAGAAGACACUUAGUUCCCUGGCAUUAGUUUUUGCUCUUCAUCAUUACAAACCAACACCACUUUAUUUUAUGGAUGAGAUUGAUGCAGCACUUGACUUCAAAAAUGUGUCUAUUGUAGCCUACUACAUCUAUGAGCAAACCAAAAAUGCACAAUUCAUCAUCAUCUCCUUACGAAACAACAUGUUUGAGAUUGCAGACAGAUUAAUUGGGAUUUUUAAGACUCACAAUGUCACCAAAUGUGUGGCAACAAACCCCAAAAUUAUUGCAGCUAAAGGACUGGCUGAACUUGGCACUCUAGGGUGUGGUGAAACUCAGAAUAGGGUGGAAUAAGCUUCCAUUCUCAAUGCUGCUGUUUACU